CAGUGGUCUGCAGUGCUGCGGUGUAGAAAAUUUGCCUAUCAAGUUAAUAAUUGACAUAAAAAACUAUCGAAACAAUAAGAAAUAAGCUCUCGUACUUUGUAGUUUUUCAACUUUUUCGAUGUUUUCUUUCUAAACUUGUAAGAAUCUAUGUCAGCCUACAUUAAAUCAAUUGCUGCCAAUAACGCUCAUAUGUGUGUUGUUAAAGACAGCGCAGCUGCAGCUGUCAGCUAAGCUAACUUUACUUCAACGAAGUUUCGUCUGAUUCACUUGAGGCUGAUUCGCGAAAUUGAGAAGCAUUUUACAUUAGCUGGGGGUGGAAGUACAAGUAACCAUGUGUGGGGGAUUUACGUGCUCUAAACGAGCUCUUGUAGCUCUGAAUAUAUUAUAUAUCGUUGUUGCAUUUGUUCUCAUUGGGGUUGCUAUUUAUGGCAGAAAUUGCACUCGUGUGAUUGAUCUUCCUAUUAUUGGUGGCAUAAUGGCGUGUGGCAUAUUUCUCAUUCUGAUCUCAAUUCUUGGUCUCAUCGGAGCAGUAAAACAUCAUCAAGUCGUAUUGUUCUUUUACAUGGUUAUUUUGUUCAUGCUUUUCUUAGUCCAAUUUAGUGUGGCCUGUGCUUGCCUUGCCGUCAACAAAGAACAGCAACGACAACUUGCUAAAAAGGGAUGGGAAAGGGUUUCCGAAAGUAUGAAGGAAGAAGUUGAGAAAAUGUUCUCAUGCUGUGAUUUUGAAAAAUCUGCCAAUUCCAGUGUUGUUCCGUCUAAAAAUUGUACACAGUCGAAUAUGCCACCAUGCAUAGACAAGCUUCAAACCACAAUAGACCAUGCUUUUAAGUUGUGUGGAGGCAUUGGUUUAUUCUUCAGUUUUACAGAGUUUGUUGGAGUAUGGUUGACUGUGCGUUAUCGUAACCAGAAGGAUCCACGAGCUAACCCCAGUGCUUUCCUCUAAUUAUUUACAUUCUCAAACAUUACUGUGUGGAGAAGGCUUUGGUGAUAGCAGCUUGGGUAGCGUGUCGAUACAGGAACCAGUUUGAUCCAACAAAAAGAUUAUUGUUCCCAAGGAGCAGAAUUUACUAGUUUUAUGCUUAGCAUGUGUAAGUAUAUUCAAUGACUGAAAUAUUUAUUGAAGUAUAGGAAAUAUGCUAUCAUUUCAUAUUGAACAGUUUUAUUUACUGGUGAAUGUGAGCUGCCAUACAUGCUCCACUCUGUUUUGAAAUUUAUGACAGAUUUUAUUGGUUUUAUUCAGAGAAAGACUCUCAAUAAAUUCUAUUACUUCUUUUGAUGUUUUUAAGUGCUGUUAGCCUGUCAGUGCGUCAGAACUUUUGUUUUGUAUUUUUUAGUUUUUAUUAAAAAGUAGUAACCAAAUCAGAUUUGCUGAUUAUGCGAACGUUUAUAGGUUUGCUUGUAUUCAAGAUUUAAAAAUAUACCUCUAGAGAUAAACUGUAAUUAAAUCAAAAACAGCCAGGAGAGAUGAAUUUGUAAAGCUGAGUUAGAUUGUACAAUGUUAGUGGCAUUUUUGUCUAAUUAAGAAUGCUUUGUGCCAAAAUAAGCUUUGGAUGGCCAUGAAUUUUGCUUUAAUCUAUCAUUUACAAUAAUAGAAGAACCAUCAAAAGCUGUAACUUAACUCUUUGUGUACCUCAGAUAUCUUAUUCAUAGUUUUGUAGUGUAUAGACAUUGCAUCCUCCCAUAGUACCUUCUCACUUUUUUCACACAAUCUACCAUUUUGAAACCAGUCUAGAUCUUCCUCCACUGAUUGGAUCUGUCAGUGCACACCCUGCCUUGUGAGGCUCAAUUCGGGACAGAACAGUCAGCCAAAUGGUAGAGUGAAGACAAUGAGGCUCCCUUCUGAGAGGUGUGUGCCUGGAAGUUAAGAACAAUGAGGCGCCUUUCUGGGAGGUCACACUGAACUGCAAUCAUCCAUCUGUUGAUAAAGAAAUAGCAGUUACAAAAUUUGAACAUCCUCAAUUCAUUCCCGUUUUUAUGUCUUAAACUUUCCACACACAGCUUUACAUGCAUUUAAAAUCUCUCUUGGGACCAACGUGAACUAUUAUCAUUUCCCUUUAUUUUUGUUGUUUCUUUAAACAGUGUGUGGCCAUAGUCUUAAAACUUACAACUUGUAUGUCUCUGAUGUGUAUUUAUCAGAUCUUACAAUUAUUUUAAAGCUGAGAUGUAAAGUGAAGUAGUAUCUAUGAAAACCUAUUUUCAGGGACAGUUCCUAGUCAAAGGCUAUUGUAUGUUAUUAGCUUAUACAACCACUGUGUGUCUUGCCAUGUCUUUCUGCUUUACUACUAUAACCAAUUACUGUGCUAGUGAGUGUUUCAUGUAGCUGUUUGUGAAAUCUUCAUGCAUAGAAACAAAGUUUAACUACGUAUAUCUGUGAGCAAAAUGUAGUAGUAAACAUGACCCUACUGUAUAAUCAGCUUAUUAUUCAUGAAUUUUUAUGCUGUGGUCUAGUCAUCGUCUGUACUUUGAGAUAUUGAUGUUUACCACAAUUAAAAUGCAGAAGAACAAAUAAAAAUGUAUCACAGUAAUUAUUUUAUUUAAUUGUCAAUGUUCAAACAGAAUACAUUCACUCUAAGCCAACCUUAGAAAUUCAUUUUGGAGAUCAGUACAAAUUAAGAUUGAAAAAUAGCAGGGGUAUUUUACCAAGUAAACAUUCAAUCAACGUUUUUUUGACUUGAACCUGUCUAAUACAUUGUUUGAAAUGUUGCUUGCUUCGGAUUUGUUUUUGUCUUCCUGUAGCAAAUGUCUCUUUGUUUGUACAAAUUUCUGCAAGACAUAAAAAAAAAUUACCCCAUUAAACUGUAGAUCCAAAUAAAAACAAACAAAUAAUCUAA